CGUUGGCGCAGUGAGAACUUCGAGAGGCCAGUGGACCUGGAGGGCUCUGGGGACGAUGACUCCUUCCCCGAUGACGAGCUAGAUGACCUCUACUCGGGGUCGGGCUCGGGCUACUUCGAGCAGGAAUCGGGCAUUGAGACAGCCAUGCGGUUCAGCCCGGACGUGGCCCUGGCAGUGCCCACCACGCCUGCUGUGUUGCCCACCACGGACAUCCAGCCUGUGGGCACCCCGUUUGAAGAGCUCCCCUCUGAGCACCCCACCCCAGAGCCGACCACCAGCAUCCUGGUGGUGACAGAGGUUCCGGGAGAGCCCAGCCAGAGAGCCACCACCAUCGCCACUACCAUGGUUCCCACUGCUGCCGCAACAACAGAGGCCCCUGCUGUGGCCACCGUGCCUGCCACUGUGGCCACUGCUGCCCCCAGCACUCCUGUGGUACCGCCUUCCACCACCACCACUGCUGUCGUAAGGACCACCAGUGUACGGAGGCUUCUGCCAUUUCCACUGACCACAGCAGCCACGGCCCGGGCCACCACCCCAGCGGCACCCUCGCCUCCCACCACCGUGGCUGUCUUAGACACAGAGGCACCAACGCCCAGGCUGGCCAGCACAGCUACCUCCAGACCACGAGCCCUUCCCAGGCCAGCGACCACCCAGGAGCCUGAUGUCCCCGAGAGGAGCACCCUGCCCCUGGGGACCAUUGCUCCUGAACCCACAGAGGUGGCUCAGACCCCCACACCAGAGUCCUUCCUGACCACCAUCCGGGAUGAGCCAGAGGUGCCCGUGAGUGGGGGACCCAGCGGCGACUUUGAACUGCCAGAGGAAGAGACUACGCAGCCAGACACAGCCAAUGAGGUGGUGGCUGUGGGAGAACCUGCAGCCAAGCCCUCACCUCCACCUGGGCUGCUGCCCAAAGGUGCCCGCCCAGGCCCUGGCCUCCUGGACAAUGCCAUCGACUCAGGCAGCUCUGCUGCCCAGCUGCCUCAGAAGAGCAUCCUGGAGCGGAAAGAGGUGCUCGUAGCGGUGAUUGUGGGCGGGGUAGUGGGCGCCCUGUUCGCCGCCUUCCUGGUCACACUGCUCAUCUACCGCAUGAAGAAGAAGGACGAGGGCAGCUACACGCUGGAGGAGCCCAAGCAGGCGAGCGUCACGUACCAGAAGCCUGACAAGCAGGAAGAGUUCUACGCCUAGCAGAGCCGCAGUGCCUGCCCGCAGCCUCAGCAUCGCCCUCGGCCCAGUCCCUGCCGGCCCCAUCAGCCCGGGCCUGGACCUGGGCCCUGGAGGAGACCUGGCCCCAGCUCUGGUCUGCCCUCUCUCCCAAGGUCUGCCCAGGCUGCCAUAGAUCUUCCCCGAGAGGUUUGGGGGGCGGGGCACUGCUAUCUGCCCCAGACUGUGCCCUCACCACCUCAUCUCCUGUCCCCUUCUGGCCCUGGGCUCAGGACCUCAUGUCAG